CUUUUAGGUUACCUAGGGUGAAACAAAAUUAAAGGCUUGGAGACUCUGGAAAAGCUCAGCAUCAGCAUUUGAGAGCCGAAGCUUGAAAAUUAUGUGAUUAAUCUACAAGCUGGUAUAAUGAUGUCAAAAUGCAGUUUGGGAAGCAUAAAAACAGAGACUGCAGAAAUUAAAACGGCUGUGCUGGAACAAAAAUGCAAUGAAAGAAACACUGGAUGAAUGAAUGAAAAGCCCUGCUUUGCAAUCCCUCAGUAUGGCGGGACUGCAGCUCAUGACCCCUGCUUCCUCCCCAAUGGGUCCAUUUUUUGGAUUACCAUGGCAACAAGAAGCAAUUCAUGAUAACAUUUACACGCCAAGAAAAUAUCAGGUUGAACUGCUUGAAGCAGCUUUGGAUCAUAAUACAAUAGUUUGCUUAAACACUGGCUCAGGGAAGACUUUUAUUGCAGUACUACUCACUAAAGAGCUGUCCUAUCAGAUCAGGGGAGAUUUCAACAAAAAUGGAAAAAGAACUGUGUUCUUGGUCAACUCAGCAAAUCAAGUUGCUCAACAAGUGUCAGCUGUCAGGACACAUUCAGAUCUUAAAGUGGGAGAGUAUUCAAGUUUAGAGACAACUGAAUCAUGGACAAAAGAGAAGUGGAGUCAGGAAUUCUCUAAGCAUCAGGUUCUGGUUAUGACAUGUCAUGUUGCUUUGACUGUUUUGAGAAAUGAGUAUUUAUCCCUGUCAAAUAUUAAUCUUCUGGUGUUUGAUGAGUGCCAUCUUGCAAUCCAGGAUCACCCAUACCGUGAAAUUAUGAAGAUCUGUGAGGAUUAUCCAUUGUGUCCUCGAAUCUUGGGAUUAACAGCUUCAAUUUUAAAUGGGAAAUGUGAUCCUGCUGAGUUAGAGGAGAAGAUCCAGAAACUGGAGAAAAUUCUAAAGAGCAAUGCUGAAACUGCAACUGAUUUGGUGGUCUUAGACAGAUAUACUUCUCAGCCAUGUGAGAUUGUUGUAGACUGUGGACCAUAUACUGACAAAAGUGGAUUGUAUGGAAGAUUAUUAAAGGAAUUGGAUGAAGCACUUGCUUUUCUAAAUGACUGCAACAUACCUAUACAUUCAAAAGAAAGAGAUUCUACAUUGAUUUCAAAGCAGAUACUGUCAGACUGUCGAGCUGUGUUGGUUGUUCUGGGACCCUGGUGUGCAGAUAAGGUAGCUGGGAUGAUGGUGAGAGAGCUGCAGAAGUAUAUCAAACAUGAACAAGAAGAGCUGCACAGGAAAUUUUUAUUGUUUACAGACACUUUCCUAAGGAAAAUACAUGCACUCUGUGAAGAGCACUUCUCGCCUGCCUCACUUGACCUGAAAUUUGUAACCCCAAAAGUAAUAAAGCUGCUUGAAAUCUUGCGCAAAUAUAAACCAUACGAGCGGCAGCAGUUUGAAAGUGUUGAAUGGUAUAACAAUAGGAAUCAGGAUAAUUAUGUAUCUUGGAGUGAUUCUGAAGAUGAUGAUGAGGAUGAAGAAAUUGAGGAGAAAGAGAAGCCAGAGACUAAUUUCCCAUCUCCCUUUACUAAUAUUUUAUGUGGAAUUAUUUUUGUGGAAAGAAGAUACACUGCAGUUGUUCUAAAUAGGUUGAUAAAAGAAGCUGGCAAGCAAGAUCCAGAACUGGCUUACAUCAGUAGCAAUUUUAUAACUGGACAUGGCAUUGGCAAGAACCAGCCUCGUAACAAGCAGAUGGAAGUAGAAUUCAGAAAACAGGAAGAGGUUCUUAGAAAAUUUCGAGCUCAUGAGACCAACCUACUUAUUGCUACUAGUAUUGUAGAAGAGGGUGUUGACAUACCAAAAUGCAACUUGGUGGUGCGUUUUGAUUUGCCCACAGAAUACCGUUCCUAUGUGCAGUCAAAAGGGAGAGCUAGAGCACCAAUUUCCAAUUACAUUAUGUUAGCAGAUACAGACAAAAUCAAAAGCUUUGAAGAAGAUCUGAAGACAUACAAAGCAAUUGAGAAGAUCCUCAGAAACAAAUGCUCAAAAUCUGUUGAUACCAAUGAAACCGAAACUGAAUCCAUUGUUGAUGAUGAUGAUGUAUUUCCACCCUAUGUAUUGAGGCCAGAUGAGAACAGUCCAAGAGUUACUAUUAACACUGCUAUUGGACACAUAAAUAGGUACUGUGCUAGAUUACCAAGUGAUCCAUUUACACACCUAGCUCCCAAGUGUAAAACCCGAGAACUACCUGAUCGUACGUUUUACUCCACUCUCUACCUGCCAAUCAACUCACCUCUUCGAGCUUCAAUUGUUGGUCCUCCAAUGAGUUGUGCAAGACUGGCUGAAAGAGUUGUAGCUCUUAUUUGCUGUGAAAAGCUGCACAAAAUUGGUGAACUGGAUGAUCAUUUGAUGCCAGUUGGCAAAGAAACGGUUAAAUAUGAGGAAGAACUUGAUUUACAUGAUGAAGAAGAAACCAGUGUACCAGGAAGACCAGGCUCUACAAAACGAAGACAGUGCUAUCCUAAAGCUAUUCCAGAAUGUUUGAGGGAUAGUUAUCCCAAACCUGAUCAGCCCUGUUACCUCUAUGUAAUAGGAAUGGUGUUAACGACUCCUCUACCUGAUGAGCUCAACUUCAGGAGACGAAAGCUGUAUCCUCCGGAGGACACAACAAGAUGUUUUGGUAUAUUGACAGCCAAACCUAUACCUCAGAUUCCUCACUUUCCUGUGUAUACUCGCUCUGGAGAGGUUACAAUAUCUAUUGAGCUUAAGAAAUCUGGCUUUACUCUGUCUCUGCAAAUGCUUGAGCUGAUAACGCGACUCCACCAGUACAUUUUUUCACAUAUUCUUCGUCUUGAAAAACCUGCACUAGAGUUCAAACCCACAGAAGCUGAUUCAGCCUAUUGUGUUCUACCUCUUAAUGUUGUUGAUGACUCCAGCACUUUGGACAUUGACUUUAAGUUUAUGGAAGACAUUGAGAAAUCUGAGGCACGUACAGGCAUUCCCAGUACACAAUAUACAAAAGAAAUGCCUUUUAUUUUCAAGUUAGAAGACUACCAGGAUGCAGUUAUCAUUCCACGGUAUCGAAAUUUUGAUCAGCCUCAUCGAUUCUAUGUAGCUGAUGUAUACACUGAUCUUACUCCACUGAGUAAAUUCCCUUCCCCUGAAUAUGAAACUUUUGCUGAAUAUUAUAAAACCAAGUAUAAUCUUGACCUGACCAAUCUCAACCAGCCACUGCUGGAUGUGGACCACACAUCUUCAAGACUUAAUCUUUUGACUCCUCGCCAUUUGAAUCAGAAGGGGAAAGCACUUCCACUGAGCAGUGCUGAGAAGAGGAAAGCAAAGUGGGAAAGUUUGCAGAAUAAGCAGAUCCUGGUUCCAGAGCUGUGUGCUAUACAUCCUAUUCCGGCAUCAUUGUGGAGAAAAGCAGUUUGCCUCCCCAGCAUACUUUAUCGCCUGCACUGCCUUUUGACAGCAGAGGAACUCAGAGCUCAAACAGCCAGUGAUGCUGGCGUAGGGGUUAAAUCACUUCCUGCAGAUUUCAGAUAUCCUAACUUGGACUUCGGAUGGAAAAAGUCUAUUGACAGCAAAUCCUUCAUCUCUAUUCCUAACUCUUCUUUAGCAGAGAAUGAGAAUUACUGUAAGCACAGCACAAUUGUAGUCCCUGAAAAUGCUGCACAUCAAGGUGCUAAUAGAACCUCUUCUGCAGAAAACCAUGACCAAAUGUCUGUGAGUUACAGAACAUUGCUCAAUGAGUCACCCCGUAAACUCCAAAUUGAUGUCUCGGCAGAAUUUGCAGCAAUUAAUGGUGUUUCUUAUAAUAAAAAUCUUGCCAAUGGCAAUUGUGAUUUAGUUAACAGAGACUUUUGCCAAGGAAAUCAGCUGAAUUACUGCAGGCAGGAAAUACCUGUGCAACCAACUACCUCAUAUCCCAUUCAGAAUUUAUACAGCAGUGAGAACCAGCCCAAGCCCAGCAAUGAAUGUACUCUACUGAGUAAUAAAUACCUUGAUGGAAAUGCUAACAGAUCUACCUCAGAUGGAUGCCCCAAAAUGGCAGUGACCACCAGUACUUCAAAAGCUAUUAAUCUUUCAAAAGACAGAGCAGAUACUGAAAAGAACCCUUCCAGUGCGUACUCCUCAAAAACUCUUGGUCCUAAUCCUGGUCUCAUUCUUCAAGCUUUGACUCUUUCAAAUGCUAGUGAUGGAUUUAAUCUGGAGCGACUAGAAAUGCUUGGUGAUUCAUUUUUAAAGCAUGCCAUCACUACAUAUUUGUUUUGCACUUACCCUGAUGCUCAUGAGGGACGGCUGUCAUAUAUGAGAAGCAAAAAAGUCAGCAACUGUAACUUGUAUCGCCUUGGAAAAAAAAAAGGACUGCCCAGUCGUAUGGUGGUAUCGAUUUUUGAUCCCCCCGUCAAUUGGCUUCCUCCUGGUUAUGUAGUAAACCAGGACAAGAGCAACACUGAUAAGUGGGAGAAAGAUGAAGGGACAAAGGAGAACUUGUUGGCUAAUGGUAAACUUGAUGAUUAUGAUGAUGAUGAAGAGGAUGAAGACCUAAUGUGGAGGUUACCCAAGGAAGAAACAGACUUUGAAGAUGAUUUUCUGGAGUAUGAUCAAGAGCAUAUCAAAUUCAUUGAUAAUAUGUUAAUGGGAUCAGGGGCUUUUGUGAAGAAAAUUUCUCUCUCACACUUUUCAACCACUGAUUCAAACUAUGAAUGGAAAGCACCCAAAAAGUCAUCUAUGGGUAAUGUUCAGUUUUCAUCAGAUUUUGAUGAUUUUGACUAUAGCUCUUGGGACGCUAUGUGCUAUCUGGAUCCUAGCAAGGCUGUUGAAGAGGAUGAUUUUGUAGUGGGCUUCUGGAAUCCAUCUGAAGAAAACUGUGGUGUUGAUGUAGGAAAACAAUCUAUCUCGUACGACUUGCAUACAGAGCAGUGUAUUGCUGACAAAAGCAUUGCCGACUGUGUGGAAGCACUGUUGGGCUGCUAUCUGACCAGCUGUGGUGAAAGAGCUGCUCAGCUUUUCCUGUGUUCACUGGGGCUGAAGGUGCUCCCUGUAAUUAAAAAGACUGAUUGGGAAGGUACUUUGUGUGCUACCAGAGAGAAUUGUAACAGUGAGCAGAAAAAUCUUUCACCAAACUCUAUUUCUGCUUCUGUAGCUAAUUCAGAGCCUUGUUUGUAUAAAGACCUGGAGUAUGGCUGUUUGAAGAUUCCACCGAGGUGUAUGUUUGAUCACCCAGAUGCUGAAAAAACCCUAAAUCAUCUGAUUUCUGGUUUUGAAAACUUUGAGAAGAAAAUAAACUACAGUUUUAAGAACAAGGCUUAUCUUCUUCAGGCAUUUACUCAUGCCUCAUACCAUUAUAAUACCAUUACUGAUUGUUACCAGCGCUUAGAAUUCCUGGGAGAUGCAAUUUUGGACUACCUCAUAACCAAGCACCUUUAUGAAGACCCACGGCAACACUCUCCAGGAGUUCUUACUGACCUACGAUCUGCUCUAGUCAAUAAUACCAUUUUUGCAUCAUUAGCUGUAAAGUAUGACUACCACAAGUACUUCAAAGCCGUCUCUCCUGAACUGUUUCAUGUUAUUGAUGACUUUGUGCAGUUUCAAAUGGAAAAGAAUGAAAUGCAAGGAAUGGAUUCUGAGCUCAGAAGAUCUGAAGAAGAUGAAGAAAAAGAGGAAGACAUUGAAGUACCAAAGGCCAUGGGGGAUAUAUUUGAGUCCCUUGCUGGUGCCAUUUAUAUGGAUAGUGGAAUGUCUUUGGAAAUGGUUUGGCAAGUGUACUAUCCAAUGAUGAGGCCAUUAAUAGAAAAAUUUUCUGCUAAUGUGCCCCGUUCCCCAGUGCGAGAGCUAUUGGAGAUGGAGCCAGAGACAGCCAAAUUUAGUCCUGCAGAAAGAACUUACGAUGGAAAGGUCAGAGUAACAGUGGAAGUUGUAGGAAAGGGAAAGUUUAAAGGCGUUGGCAGAAGCUACAGGAUUGCCAAAUCUGCAGCUGCGAGAAGAGCACUACGAAGCCUCAAAGCAAAUCAACCUCAGGUCCCAAACAGCUGAGACUCCUCUUAAAAAUAAAUGAAAUAGGGGGGGGGAAACAAAACCACAUACAAAUAAAGUACAUUUUUAAAAACGUUGAUGUUGAGAGGAACAAAUUGGAAGACAGAAUUUAAAGUUUGUUUGAUAACAGUGUAGGUAACAAAACAUUUAACAUGUAUAAAAUUUUGGAACUAAUUGUAGUUAUAGGUUUUUGCGCAAACACAAUCUUGUCUUCUUUCCUCACUUCUGCUUUGUUUAAUCACAAGAGUGCUUUAAUGAUGACGUUUAGCAAGUGUUCAGAAUAAUUGUUGUCAGGUCUUUUUGGUUUACUUUUAUUGUCAGUACAGCUUUGCUUAGUGUUAGAAGGCCAGGGAGCUUAUGCCUAAUGCAGUUGCUAGAUUUAUAUAUAGUAAUCUUGAAAUUCUUCAAUCUGUGCACUAGUGCCAGUCAUAAAGCAGUUGAUAAACUGUACUGGAUGAUUUGGUAUAAGAAAGAAUAAGUGUGCCAGUAUUCUCCUUUUUUUUCUUUUUUUUUUUUUUUUUCUUCUCCAUGUCAUCUUUUUACAUUAAGAUGACAUUCCCAAUCAUUAUUGCACUUAUUUGUUAGGGACAGAUUUUAAUUGAAAUGGCUGGCAUACUCGUAGAAUGAAACUUCAGUUUCUUUAUGCCACAGUCUUG